AUGGAGGUUAACUGGACACUUGGUCUGGUUUCUUGCAUCACUCUUUUCUUUCUUAUUCUCAUCAGCCGGAAAAAAACGGCAACCAACGAGAAAAGACAACCACCGGCUCCACCGGGAUGGCCGGUGUUUGGGAACCUUUUCAAUCUUGGUACCAUGCCACAUAGAACCGUGGCUGGGUUGGCUACCAAAUACGGUCCUAUUGUCAGGUUAAAACUUGGCUCUGUCAAUACAGUGGCUGUCUUAAAUGUCAAGACAGCCACUGAGUUGUUUAAGAACCAUGAUUUGACUUUUGUGGACCGCACAAUCACCGAGACUAGUAAGUCUCAUGACUAUGACAAGUCUUCUUUAGCACUCGCUCCGUACGGUAUGUACUGGCGAGUGCUGAAAAAGAUUUGUACGGUUGAGAUGCUCGUUGCUAAAAGGAUCAACGAGUCAACUGAUGUCAGAAGACGGUGUGUUGACAACAUGCUAGCUUGGAUUGAAAAGGAUGGUAGUUUGGCUAAAGUCGGGAGUGGGGUUUAUAUCUCGAAAUUUGUUUUUCUAGCAUCGUUUAACUUGCUAGGAAACCUCAUGCUCUCACGUGACUUGGCUAACCCGGACUCUAAAGUUGGGUCGGAGUUUUUUGAUUUGAUGUUAGGAUUGAUGGAGUGGGGUGGUCAUCCUAAUAUAUCAGAUUUGUACCCAUGGCUCAAAUGGUUCGAUUUGCAAGGGUUGAGAAAAAAAAUGGACCGGGAUAUGGCAAAAGCAGUUGCGAUAGCAACCACGUGGGUGGAUGAGAGAAUGGAGGAGCGCCAAAAGGAAGCAGAGCGUCGCGGUGAGCAGAGGAAGGACUUCUUAGACGUGUUAUUGGACUAUGAAGGUACCGGAAAAGAUGAGCCUGAAAAAAUGUCCAAAAAGGACAUCACCGUUUUCAUUUUGGAAAUAUUUUUGGCUGGUUCAGAGACAACCAGUAGCACCGUCGAGUGGGCCCUAUCCGAGUUACUAAGAUGCCCUGCAAAACUGACUCGGGCCAAAGACGAGCUUGCAUCUGUCGUUGGCCCAAACCAAAAACUUGAGGAGACUUCUAUUGAUAACCUUCCUUACCUGCAAGCCAUAAUAAAGGAAACUUUACGAUUGCACGCACCAAUCCCAUUCCUGGUCCCACGAAAGGCGGGACAAGACACUGAUUUCAUGGGAUACCAUAUACCUAAAGGCACCCAGUUGUUUGUGAACGCGUGGGCCAUAGGGAGAGACCCCGAGUACUGGGAAAACCCGGACUCCUUUGAGCCUGAGAGGUUCUUAGGCUCAAAAAUCGACUACAAAGGUCAAAACUAUGAACUCAUACCAUUUGGUGCUGGGAGAAGAAUAUGUGCGGGGAUACCACUUGCACAUCGUGUGUUGCAUCUUGUGUUGGGUUCAUUACUGCAUGAGUUUGAUUGGGAGCUUGAAAGCCAUAUGAGCGCGGACAAAUUGGACAUGAACGAUCAACUUGGAAUUGUUGUACGGAGACGACAACCACUGAAAGUGAUACCUACAAAAGUGAAAUGUUAA